GACGCCCUUGGCCGCCUAGCCCUGCUCAGCCGAACCCCGCACGGCCGCUGCGCGGGGGAGGAAAGUGCACGCCGGGGAAAUCGGAGCGGGAGUCGCCAUGGAGCGCGGCCGUGCCGCUAGCAGCCCACGCAGCGCGGAGUCCGCCCCGCCGCCCGCCGCCGCCCGCGACUGGAGCCCAGGACCGACCGGGACCGGGCCAACAGGCCUCAGCGGGGUCGCGGCGCGCUCCGGGGGUGGCCGUCCAGCCGCCGCGAACGCCGCGCGGGAGCGCAGCCGUGUGCAAACCCUGCGACACGCCUUCCUGGAGCUGCAGCGCACGCUGCCGUCGGUGCCGCCAGACACCAAGCUGUCCAAGCUGGACGUGCUGCUGCUGGCCACCACCUACAUCGCCCACCUCACCCGCAGCCUGCAGGACGACACCGACGCGCCGGGAGACCCCGGUCUGGGCGCCUUGCGAGGCGACGGCUAUCUGCACCCAGUUAAGAAGUGGCCCAUGCGAUCAAGACUGUAUAUCGGUGCAACUGGCCAGUUUCUGAAACAUUCUGUCUCUGGAGAAAAGGCAAGCCAUAGCAACACUUCAACGGCCUCACAGCCGUAGGUGUGUGGUGGGGUCUGGCAGAGCGGUGGCUAUUGUUUUUAAAGACUGUGAAAUAAUUGUACUUAUUGCAUUGGACCUAACAAACACUGUUUCUGAAAGUUUACAUUGGAACCUGUAGUGGAAUAUCAAAAUCUGUAUAAAUAAAUGUGGAAUAGAAU